AUGUCAAACCCAAAACUCAAUUACUCCCUGCCAACCAACCCCUUUGCAGACUCAACCCCCCAGCCAACCACCAACCAGUCCCCUGCCUCCCUUGGCCUGGGUCUGAUUGAAAAGUUCCGCAAGGAGCGCCUCUCCUCCCUCAGACCCAUCGCAGAGUUCUUUGAUACCUCUCGCAUGUCCAAGCCCACAGGAGUUGCCCAAAUCACAUCCCGCUUGACCCGCAACCUGCCCUACUUCCAGGGCAACUACACGCUCAUGUUCCUCGGUAUCACUGCCUACAGCGUUGUCUCGAACGGCAUGCUCAUGUUCAGCGUUGCCUUUGCGGUCGGGGGAACCCACCUCAUUUCUUGUGUUCCCGCAGAAGGAGUUGUCAUUGGGCAAAACACCUACAACGCUCGCCAGCUGCAAACCGGUGCCAGCACUGUCGGCAUCCUCGGUCAUGCCGCCGUCAUGGAGGAAACUACCGAAAACCGCUUCUCCGAUGCUGUUUAA